UUCCUCCCGCGGGAAGUCGUUUCAUUUGGCGGGAAUCUCGCUUUAAUUUGCUCCUCGGUCCUCUUCUCUUUCUCUCUCCCUCUCUUGCUUGGUCGCCGGUGGAGUGGGUUCGAUGGCGAGGUUAGAGUUCCGCCAUGGUCAAUUCUCCGAGGAUUCAGCUUGGCUUCGCGAUUGACUUCAACACAAUCCGAUAGAAUCGUCCGAGGAGGAGGAAGACUCGUUGAAGAAAAUGGCUGUCUGUAAAGGAGAUAUCGGCGAUGGAGAAGAUAUUGGCAAACGAAACAGCGCAUACAGCGGUUGUCGCUUGUUCUGGUCUGGAGAAAGCAGCUCACAAGUCAGUGUUGCUCAAUCUUCGGGAAAUGUGAGUUCUCAAUUGUACGCACGCAUCUCUUGUUUCCAGGUGCUCCAUUUCCAUCUACAUCUUCUAUCCUAUAGUAAUUCAUCAUGCGGAGGAAGCCAAAACCCGAAUACAUCGGAUCUAUCGGUGCAGUCAUUACAGAAAGUUGAAGCUGUGUCUGAACAUGUCGAGAUAGACAGUCCAAUUCAGUGUGAAGAAAUGGUAAGAGUCUCAAAUCUCAAAGAAGAUGUAUGUCAGCCUGUUGAGAUAGAAGGAGCAGGGCAGCUUGAAGAAAUGAUACAAGUUUCAAAUUUCAGAGAAGCUGCAACUAAACCUGUUGAGAUAGACGGAGCAAGGCAGCGUGAAGAAAGGGUGAAAGUUCCGAAACUUGAGGAAGCUGAAAUUGAUCAUGCAGUUGAGUUAUCGAUUGCAGCUUCCGAAGCUCUGGUUAUAAAUGAAUUAGUGGAAAGUGAUUCAGCUCUGAGAUAUCUGCCCAUGAUAGCUGUUGUCGAGAUGGCACUGCGGAUCAAGCAAGCACGAUUGGAGGAUUUGAAAAACCCACCCCAUGGCACAAUUGGCGGUACUGGCAAGGAUCGUCCGCCAGUAGAGUUGGAUAAUAUUUCAGAAAUGGAUGCUUUCAAAGAUGUAGGAGUGUCUUCUAGUGAUCACGAUGACCCGGGUAUUUGUGAUUUGGAUGUUUCUUGUGUAGAAGAAACGCCAAUUUCUAAAAAUCAUGUCAAUUAUAAGAAUGGUUCUGAAUGUGUGCUGGGAAAUAUUGGUAAUCUAUGUACAAGUAAUCAAGCACAUGAUGUGUUGGCCCAGGAUAGACGAUUGAGAAAGGGCUCUUCAGUAGAAGUCGCCAGCAAAAAUGCUCAAAAUCAAGAUGGUAUUUCUAUUGGUUUACCUCUGGGUCCUGGUAUCUCAGACACGCCUAACCAUGUCGAUAAAAACCUUCAUCUGUCAGUUGGAAGCAUUCCUAAUGGUUCAGCUGUGGACGAGAGAAGUGGUUCUGUGGGGGUAGGUGGGCCUCUGUAUCAACCUCAGUCUGAUGUAAACUUGUCCCCUCAAGAUCAGGAACAAGAUAGACAAAGAUACACUACAGGUCGAUUCCGAAGCCACUGGUUUGGUGGUUGGACGGCAGAGGAAGUAGAUGCAGCUGUACCAUCAAAACAAUAUGGCAAUAGAAGCAUUGCGAAACCUUUUGUUGGUGAGACAAGCUUUCUCUCCGAAUCUGCAGAUGUGGCCGUGGAUGAAAAUUCUGUUGUACAAGAAAGGAAACACUAUAGCAUUGACAUAGCUUCACAGUCAAAUAUACCCCUUGGAGGGUCUUGUGAAAAACGCAAUCAGGGUUUACCAUUUUCUCAAGAGGCUGCGAGAUCCUUAAGUCCAUCUUCAGUGGAUCCUCUUUGUUCCGUUGUUCCUUGCAGUCUCUCCAUGGAAGAUUCUGUCCCCGUGCAAGCAGAAUGCCAAGAUGAUGAAGACAAUGAUGCCGAGACGUGCGGCAGCCCGGCAUCAGGUCCUCAACUUGUGAAGUUGUGUAAAACAUCUGAUCCAGAGAUACAAUGCAACCAUCAAAAGGAUCAUUCUCCUACAACAGAUGAAGAAUGUUCCAAGUCUAUAGUUCAGAGACGGCUGUCCUCUCUGAAGAAUUAUAGCAUGCUAUUACCUAGUAGGAUGGCUUGGCUUGAAAACAGAGAACUCAACUCUAGUUUACUCUCUCCGAGAGAGUGCAACCGAAGAAUUGCAGCAGUGGAGAUUCAGACGGAUACUAACAGACCUUCAGGUAGGAUACGGGUAGGAUUAUUUUCACAUACGUGCACACCUACGUUUCCUAUGAUCCAGCAUAAUGAAAAACAUCAUGGUUCCGACACCUCCAAGCCUUCAGAUGAAGAAGCAACAGUCAGGAAGAGUCUUGAUGAAUUUACAGGAGUGGCUCAAAUUCGGCCCCCAUUACCGGCUAAAAGGCAGUUACCUCUCAUAUUAAACCCUCUGAAACGGCGUCGUAUUCAGCUUUCUAGGUAUUUGGCUAAUGAUUCCUUCUCAAAGGAAAAGCACUCUGUGGAACCAGAACCGGCAGUUAAUAUUCACUGGGGCAACAUUUUCAAUAAGAUGCAGCUUCAGGGUUAUUGUCCCACUGCGGAUCAAGCUCCACAGGAGAAAAGAGUACGUUUUGCAGAAGACAAGAUGGCACGGCCAGUGGAUAGGAGCACACAUAAGUUUAAAUCUCCUCACAGAAAUUGUUCUACUACCCAGUCACGGAAAAGGUUAAGAUAUUGCAACCAGCAGUUAAACCCUCGAACCAAAUGCGUGCACUUCUUUUCAAGAUGCAGCAGAGACAGGAAGAAUUUUAUUUUCCAGGGUAUGGAGUUCUUGGUUACAGGAUUUUCAAGUCGCAAGGAAAAAGAAAUGGAAUGGUUAAUUCAGAGGCAUGGUGGUAUCAUUCUCUCUGAUAUUCCCUCCAAUUUUAGGAGAAAGAGAAGUUUUAAACUGCAAUCACAACAGCCAACUGUUAUAGCUUCAAAAAAGUUACGAACAGCCAAGUUUCUUUAUGGUUGUGCUAUUAAGUGCCUCAUCCUUGACGCUAGUUGGCUUACGGAUUCAAUCUCAGCGGGGUCCAUCGAAUCACCUGAAAAGUAUAUGAUUAUAUCAUACCAAACGGAUGUUACAACUUUUAAGAAUACUGGCAAAACCUUCCCAGUAUUUGAAGGAGUAGGAAUCAUGCUCCAUGGAAAGAGAAGUUUUUAUACCAAAUUUGCGACCAUAAUCAAGCAUGGAGGAGGUCAGGCAUUUAAAACCCUCCAGCAGUUGCUUGAGGGUCUUGACACCAAAAAAUUUACUAUUGGAACAAUCGUCACUGAGUUUGAAAGUGCAACCUCUCGUCACUUGAGACACUGUGCGAUGGAGAGGAAUGUGCCUGUUAUGCCAGCUAGCUGGAUAGUAGAGAGCUUAUAUGCGGGGAAGCUCUUCCCUCUACCGAGCGAAAAUUAUACUUAAGCUGUUAUGCAAAGUAUGGAUUUUUUUUUAAAUGUUGGCUACUCAGUGAAGCCAAACAAAGAAAGCAGAAAUUCGAUAAUUAUGCCAUUUAUAAAGGUAACUUCUGUUAAUCCAUCUGAGAGUUUUUUGUUAGGAGAAAAAAAUUGGAGGUUCUAGUGGGGUUGUUCCGUCUCAAUGCUUAACUCUAGUGUGUUACCAGGUGAAUCCUUAAUUUUGAAGAUUAAUCUUCGGCAAUUUUUGAUUCCAACUUGAAGCAAGCAGGACAUGCUUGGGGAAGUGAUAGUGAGAUAGUCACUUCUGCGUUUGAAGUUUGUACAUAACGCUCUUGUUGUAUCUGCAAGUGAGCAAGGCAGUAGUCUUGCUGUAAAGGGAAUUGCACAUAUACCUGUUCAUAUGUUAAUACACGCAAUGAACGAUUGUUCUUUGUUGUUAUUAUCUCGCAUCAAAUUGAACCCCAUAUUGGUCUCUUCCA